GUUGCUGUUGCUGUUCGCUAUUUUGUUAGUUUUGCCAGUUUGCUGCCUGUCCGAUUGUUCUCUUCAUUUGUCGAUUUAGUAGUGCGGUGUUGUUUUUGCAUAUCCUAUACAUAUGUGCGCUUGCUUAUGUACUUGUAGAUGUAAAUGUAGGUGUGUGUUCUCUGCGCUGCGUUGGCUCUGGUCUUUGGUUUGGCAGCAUGUCUCCCUCAGUGUUGCUAUAUCUUCUCUAUCUCGAUGUGCGCUUCGUUCGUUACAUUCGUGGACGUUGUUCGUAGUCGGCUGCCCGGUUGCCGGCUGCCGGCAGUGUUGUGUUAGUUGACAGUGUUCAGUGGGCUUGAGUUCCGGGUUCGGUGUUCCGUAUUUUCAGUUUUCCACUUCCGCUUCGACAAAAGUUCGCCACCGCAUUCAAACGGGCGUACACUUUAUACCGUUAUCAUUUCAUCAAUCGUAAGCGGCGCUUUAUUACCUAUGUUUGUAUGUAAACUCAUACAAACAUAUACAUAAAUAUUUCUCAAUAAGGAAACGCUAUCAAAAUAAUACGCGUGCGCGCAUUCAUUUUUUCUCGACGCCCGCUUUAGCCUCGUCUUCCGCUUUGCUGUUUUGUUUUCGCCGCCGUCUUCGCCGAUCCAGCGCCGUUCGCAAUGCCAAAAGAGGAUCCGUUCGUGAAUCGCGCCCAGCUGUUGAAGGCCAUCAAAAAGUACCCGGAAAUAUGGGAUUCAAAUAACAAGCUGCACAUGUGUCGUAGCGUCACGGCGCCGAUGUGGAAUGAGAUAGCCGAACAGUUUGGCGGACAUGUGCCCACUGUGAAACUGCAAUCCAUUUGGAGUCAAAUGAAGUAUCACUACCACAACCUGGUGCACAGACAGAUUUUACAUAAGGAACGUUUCACUACAAAAUGGGAGCACUUCGAACCGAUGUCUUUCAUGUACAACAUAACGGUGGCGAAAAUCGUCGGUGCUGCAGGUGGCAAUGAUGCUAACCAACAACAACACUUGCAGUCACCAACAACAGUCUCACUGCCCACACCACCACCGACGCCAACUACGCCACAAACCCAGGGUCGCGGCCGUCCAAGCGGUAGCUUCACUUGGCUGCCAGCACAACCACAGCAGCAGCAACAACAGCAACAGCAACAGCAGACACAGCAAAUGCAACAACAACAGCUACUGCAAACGACAUUACCAACACAAAUGCAUGAGCAAUUGACAGUCGGUGGUUUACCACAGCCGCUACUACCCUCAACACCACUCACACCCCAAACAGAGGUGAGUGUUGAGACAAGUCCUUUCAUUGGUUUCACGGGACUUGUGCCACCGGCUGCUAUAACAGUAGAGGCCACAACGACACCUAUGCGUAAACCUGGACGUCCAGGUUCGAUGAACAACAGCAUGCGCGGACGCAUUAUUGACGUGAUCAAAGCACAUCCACCGCUCUGGGUUGGACGCCAAUUGGAGGCAGUGCCAGGGCAGCGUAAGGCGCAAAAUCGUACGUCUGCUGUGUGGAAGGAGGUUGCAGCAGAAUUGGGACUCACAGCAAGUCUCGUGCAGACCCGCUGGUCCAUCAUCAAGCAGCGCUACGUCGAUGAACUGCAGAAGGAGCGCCGCGCGCACUUCACACAACAAGCAUUCAACUCUACCUGGGAGCACUUCGAGCGUAUGGAGUUUAUGCGCGACAUACUCAUCAAGAAGGUGGACGAGCGUGAGCAGACGCGUGAACAGAUACAAGAGAUUGUUAGCGAACAUCAGCAGCUACAAUCGGCUGCCGCGCAGCAUAUGCGUUAUAUGCGCCUCGGAAUGCCGCCUCCGAUGAGCAUGUUGGGCUCCACCUCGGGUGUUUACGAGGACGGCAGUGUGGUGGGUAUGGUGCCACUACAUCAAACUGCAGGCGUGGUCGGUGGUAUUGGUGGUGGCACCGGCACUGGUGUUAUAGGUAUGGGACGGCGUUUGGGUGUGGGUGGACGUGUAAAGUCCGAGACCGACUUGGAGUGGGAUCCAUUCGAAAUGAUUUUGCAUGUGCAUGGCACUGAACCGGCAGCUAAUUGAAGGAAUAACUGCAGCUUCAUAGAGCUUAGAGCAAAGAGGUGGUGUGGGACAUUCAAUGGUGAGAGGGAAAUUAAUAUUCAAGUUAAGAGAAAUGAACAUUGGGAUAUCGCAAUAAGACUAACUGGUCCCUGCACCGACUACUGAACACUAAACAGUGAGAAAAACUAAGAAACUAAAGAAAAAUCUUGCGUAUCCUUAAGUCAAUGUGUGAAUUUCCUUGAUUUUUGACUCCUUAACUGAAGUGAAAAGUUUAGUAGUUAAAAAUUUAAAAAAUCUAGUUGAUCAAAUCAACUUAACUGUUUAUUAUACAUACAUAUAAGUGUACUAACUGUAUUUAGGAACCUUCAAAAGGCAAUGCUAGUAGAGGCAAGACUGAGUUGACGAAAACUAUUUCAAAAAAGGAAAAUAUUUCUUAAAACUUACUAGCGAGUAACUCUGAAAAUACACUGCAAAAAACACAUAACUAGUUCGACAUACAUACUGACACCUUUGAUUCUUUCAAAUAUAUGUGUCCGUGGGUAUAAACUGAGCAAAACAAAUGUUUAUAUGUGUCUAGUUUUUAAUAAAGAAAUUGUACACAUUAACUAGAAAAGUUGGUGUAAAGUAAAAAAUUAUACUUCGAAAUAAUCUAGACUGUAUUCUACUAAAAGUAUAUUUUGAAAGGUUAUGUUUUGUAAUGACACGAAUACCAGUAAUUAUAAAUAUAUAUAGCAAUUAAAUAAAUAUUAUUAAUUUACUUAA